AGUUCCCAUAAUUUUGAAAACGUAGUCAAUUUGUGGACUUGCUCGCUAAUAAUUUAUCAAACCGGACGAUUUGAUAAGGAUUUUAACCGAUUAAUGUCGACGUAGCUUACGUUUCGCAGAUAUAUAAAAAUGUUCAAGUUUGUGUUAUUUACUGCAAUUUUGCAGUGCAUACUUGCACAGCAGUAUCAGCAAAAAGUUGCGCCUGGUGUGCCACCUCAAAACUACCAAGAUGAUGCAGGAAUGAACUACCAACCACCACCCCCGCCACCUCAACAGAUGCCUCCACAACAGCAACAACAUCCUCAACAAUACGCCCAACAACAGCAACAAUAUCAGCCGCCACCACCGCCCCAACAGCAACAGCAAUAUCAGCAGCAAGUGCCGGUUCAGCAUCAGCAAGUUCAACAACCCGCGAUGGGUGGUCACGAUCCUCAUGGACACCAUCCCGACCCACAAUUGCUGAAUCCUGCCAACAUUGCUUCUGAAAGAGAGCAUAUAAAAGAACAUAUGGACGUGCCAAUCGACACUUCUAAGAUGUCCGAACAAGAACUACAGUUCCACUAUUUCAAAAUGCAUGACAACGACAAUAACAACAAAUUGGACGGAUGUGAACUUAUAAAAUCUUUAAUACAUUGGCAUGAGCAAAGUCAUAAACAGCCCCAACAAGGUCAGGCGCCGGUUGGAGAGAAGAUUUUUGGCGACGACGAGUUAGUCAACCUAAUAGAUCCAAUACUGAAUAUGGACGACCACAAUAGGGAUGGUUACAUUGAUUAUCCUGAAUUUGUGCGAGCACAACAGAAAAGCCGACAGGAUAACAACAAAUAAUAUUAGUAUUAUGUUAAAAUGUUCAUUUGAAUACCAACUAACUUAUUUAGGGGAUUUUAAGUCACAAUUUCUUUUAUUAUAAUUAUUAAUCCAUAGAUCGAACACUUAGAAAAAAUUCCUUCCGAGCGGAUUCGAACCGACAUGUUCGAUCUUUGU